AUGUGCACAAAUCAAGUUGAAAAUUUGAGUGGUCAAGUAGAUUUCGUGAAUGUUGAUGAAUGUUAUGAGCCUGGAUUUCAAAUGAUUCCACCAUAUGGUGAUUACGAUUAUAAAGAAAUCGAUAAAAAUCCACAUCGCCCAUCAAGCUUCCAUAUCAGUGAUAUCCUUCAACUAAACAAUCAACCACCAUCAGAUGUUAAGCCACGAUCUCCUAUGGAUUAUUCUCCUUACAGUUACAAUGAGUACACAUCCCGACAACCUUAUUACUCAUCUUAUCAUCCACAAAUUCUUCCAUCAACUUUGUCAACAUUUGAAAGUGAUCUUCCUUUUUACAGUACAACUUUUGGAGCUGCACCAUCGUACAAUGGAAAUAUUUAUUUAACAGCAGAUCCACCAAUGGGCACAAGUUCCUAUCCAUCAAGUCAAGUCGUCUCAACAUCUUUAUCAAAUCGCUUUAUUAUGAAUGACCCCAAUAAUAAUAGUUUUGUUCCUUAUUAUGAUCCACAAACAACACCAAUUCAACAUAAUCCAACAAGUAAUGAUUCUACAAAUCAUAGUUCUAUGGUGAUGACAAGUGAUCCUACAUACAUUACACUCCCUGUUAAAAAUUCCCCAUUUCAAGAUGAAACAGUUCAAUUGUUGAAUUCAGCUGAAAGCAUGAAAACUGAAGCAAGAUACACAACUUUAACCAGUGUAGAAUCAACUGCUUCGUCUCAAAGCAUUUCUAAUGCAAUACCCAAUCAAGUCAUUGAAGAUGAUCAACUUAAUGAUACAUUGAGUGUCGACGAAAGUAUUGGAAGUUUAACUGACGUUCAAGAUAUUCGUGAAUCAACUGACGGAAUUCCACUUCGUGCGACGCAAAACUCAACAGAGAAGAAAAGAAAGCGAAGAGUUUUGUUCACAAAGAAUCAAACAUUUGAGCUUGAACGUCGUUUUCGACAGCAACGAUAUUUAUCAGCUCCCGAACGUGAAUAUCUUGCGAAUGAUAUUGGAUUAUCUCCAACACAAGUGAAAAUCUGGUUUCAAAACCAUCGCUACAAAACAAAAAGAACUACUAGUGAAAAACUUCCAUUAUCGCCUAAUUCAUAUCAACAACAAUCUUCCGGAUUGCCAUCACCAAGUCCAAUCAAAAGAGUGCAUGUUUUGGUACGAGAUGGAAAACCAGUGACAAAUCCUUUGUAUAAUAAUGAUAAUCCAUCAAACUUUAAGAUAACUUCAGUUGCAAUGAAAGCUGUUGGAUUAAUAAUUCUGCUGCUAUGCAGAUCGUCAUUUCAGGCAUCUACACCAUCAUCUCCAACUUAUGAAGCGGGUGUAGUAGAAUUUAAUUUUCUAUGGGAUCCCGAGGCUGACAUAAUUGAAACAACAGCUUCAAAUCUUGCGCGAUAUUUAAAAAUUAUGGAAGAAGCACCAUCUACACUUGACAUCAUUGUCUUCCCUGAAAUGACACUGAAUAGAAUCCAAAGUGCAGUUGAAAUUUCUGAUCCCAGUGAAAAGAUAUCGCCUUGCGAUAGUGACAGUUACGAUGCAGAAAAUCUUGUGAAAAAAAUUUCAUGUGCAGCUAAAACUGCACAACGUUAUGUGGUUGUUGAUAUUGUCACAAAAAUUAAAUGUCCAGACGCUGAAAUGAUUGAAUCAGGUGAUCCACGUAACUGUAAUGAUCGUGACGAUGGUUUCAGUUAUUACAACACAAAUGUUGUCUUUGAUCGGAAUGGGACAAUAAUCGCGCGAUAUCGAAAGUUCAAUUUGUUCGGUGAAGAAGUUGAUACGCCUUAUAAGGCAGAAAUUGUGACGUUUGAAACAGAUUUCGGUGUGAAGUUUGGAACUUUUAUCUGCUUUGAUCUCAUGUUUAGAUGGCCUGCUUUGGAAAUGGUUAGAAAUGUAGAAAAUAAUUAUGAAGGUGUGACAGACGUCAUUUUCACAACAAUGUGGUUCUCUGAACUUCCCUUUUUAACUGCUGUUCAAGUUCAACAAAAUUGGGCUUAUCAAAACGAUGUUAACAUGUUAGCAGCAGGUGCAAACAAUCCUGCAGUUGGAUCAACCGGAACUGGAAUCUUUGCAGGUCGGAAAGGAUCUUUGGUAUCAGUAAUGGAAGGAACAACUAAAACAAAUCUUUACACUGCAACAGUUCCAAAGAAAGUUUUAGGUGAUUCAAUCGUCGUUGAACACAACUCAACAAAACGCUCGAAGGAAGAAAUGGCAACUCUUAAACUGAAGAGAGAUCAAUUGGAUGCAUAUGAAAUUGAAUUUUUGCCACCUGGAGAUGCUGAAGGAACGACAACAAUUGAAAGACGACGAUGUUUGAAUGAAAACUGCUUAAACGUCACAAUUGUCUAUCGAUAUGAAAAUAUUUUAAAUGCUCCAAGUUAUGAGUACGCAUUGGCAUUCUAUCAUGGAAAACGAACAUUCGAUGGAUUUGCUGAUGGAGGUGUUGUGGCUUUUGUUAUUCUGGCAUGUCCAACAAAAGAAAUUGCAACAUGUGGCGUAAGAAAUGAAACUUUAGAAAUGCAUCAUGUGUGGGAUAAAAUUGAAUUUUCUGGCACGCUGCCAUAUGACGAUGGUCAAUAUUUCUACCUUCCAACCACUUUGGACACUUCCAUCAUGCCAUUGAAUCCCAACACAUUUGAAUACAACGAAAAAAGGAAUUUUCCUAAUCCCGAUGACAUAACAAAAGGAAAUGUUGAAGUCACAAUGAAAAUGAAUGGAAACAUCGAAGGAUUCUUAACAUUUGGAAUCUAUGGAAGAGACUUCAAUUUAGAUAAUGAUGCAACUGCUAUGAAAGCUUCGUUGCUGUUAAUUCUUUCUUCUUUUGUUUUUCUGUAUCGAUUUCUCAUCUAACGAAAGAAAUUUAAAGAAAUUUAAUUUCAAUUAAUAAAAUUUUUAUUUUUCUUGGAAUUAUUGUCAUAAAAAUAAUUUCUUAAGAUAUUUCGUAAGUCAAAUAUCUCUUUAAAACGCGUCAAAAAUCGGUGUUGGUGCUGGAACAACUCGCUUAUCUUCAUGUCUAUGUAAAAGCUUAAAUAAUCCUGUGCCAAUCGAUGCAGGCAUUCCUAAGAUAAUUCGUUCCGAAACUCCAUCAAUUGAAUCAGUUUGUCCAUAGUAAGCAGCAUCGAAUAAGUGAUCAGCAGUUUUCUCAAACGAUGCUAAAUUAAAAACAGAUUCACGCAUUUUUGCUAAACCAUGUCGCGUAAUCCCAAGAACUUCUCCGCGACUUGUCAUUUGACUAGCAAGUAACAUAAUGUGGCGAUGAUCAACACUCAUGCCGUGCCCUUCCAUCACAGAUGUUAUCUCGUACAUGAUUGUCGUUCUUGCUGCUUCAAUGCCGAGCGUAUUGUAAACUUCCCAAAUGUUGUUACUUUUCGUUUGUUUACCAAUAACUCCAUAAGUUGACAUAACAUUUCUCAAUCCAGCGCCUUCAACACACAACUUGUAAGUUGGUGGACUGCGAGCUUCAUCAAUCGCUAUAACAGCACGUGACACAUUCGGAAUUCCAGCAAUGACAACUUUUGGCACUAACGUCGUUAAUCUUUGAAGCUCAACAUUCAUCAUGUUGCCAUAUUUUUGACGAUCAGGUUCAAUCACAAUCAUCGACGAUCCAUGAAUCUCAACUUGAUUUGGCUUUAAUCGAAGCUUUGAUGUGCACAAUGAAUAACGAAUUGUAUCAAUAUUCACUUCCAAUCCAAGCACACGAAUGCGAUCCAAGUCAAGUUUAAUUAACAGGAAACAUUCGUCAUUUCGAUAAACUUCUUCCAGGAAUGAUGUAACCUCUCCAAGCGUUGUCUUCUCAAUUCUUGCUUUAACUUUUCUUGCAAACUCCAUUGAAGUGUUGUCUUCAAUUUCAGCUGUGAUAAUUGGCGUUGAUAUUGAUUUUGUUGCAUUGAUAAUCUCAACAAUACGUGGAACUCCUUGUGUGAUGUUCAUCGACGCAACACCAGCAAAAUGGAAGGUUUUCAAUGUCAUUUGUGUCCCCGGUUCACCAAUUGAUUGCGCUGCUAAAGCUCCAACAGCUGUUCCCGGUUCUGUUAUUGCUCGAUUGUAUUUUUGAUUAACUUCUUUCAAGAAUUCUUCAACAUGCCCCGGCGUUAUUCUUUCGAUUUCUUCAUUUAUUUUUCCAAAUCUUUGAUACUUCUUCUGACUUUUAUCGAUUCUUUUCGAAACUUUAUCAAAAUAAUUUAAACAUUCAUUUUUAAAGUCGCUUCGACUGUUUUCAUAUUCAACUUGUGAUAAAAUUUCUUCAGCUAAUCGUCGUAUUGAUGAAGCUUCGAUUUUCUUCUCAUUCCGAUGUGGAUUUGCUUGUAUAUGCAUUAAUUGUCGAUCCAUAUCAACGGGACGGUCCUUAACUUCCAUAAACACUGGAUCCAAGCCAUCCCCCCCGUAAAUAAACUCAACAACUUCACCAAUUGCAUUUCUCACUGUCCCAUCAUAUUGAACGACAAGAUCUUCAAGACACUUCACUAAACGACGUUGGAGAUAACCCGUCUCAGCUGUCUUAACUGCUGUGUCAACUAAACCUUCACGACCAGCCAUCGUGUGGAAGAAAAAUUCAGUCGGCGUCAAUCCAGAAUAAAAAGAAUUCUGAACAAAACCACGAGCUGCUGGAUGUUUUGAAAACUUCUCAAAAUGUGGCAAUGCGCGAUCUUCAAAUCCAUUUGGAACUCUUUUACCGUUAAUAGCUUGUUGACCGACACAAGCAAUCAUUUGAGAAAUAUUGAUGUUUGAUCCUUUCGAGCCUGAUUGUGCCAUGAUCAGUGCGCUGUUUGUUGGAUGAAGUUCACGGAAGCAAGCUUUAGCUGCUAAUUCACGAAUGCCUGACAACUCUUUCAACAUCACUGAUUCGAGUGUUUGUUCCGGUGUGCAACCUGGUGAACAUUGCAAAGUUCCCUUCUUCAUCUCCAUGAUGUAAGCGUCGCAUUUCUCAUACCCAGUGUCAAGAAGUUUCUGUUUUUCUUCAAGAAGCUUUCGACUUGGCGUCACAUCACUGAUGCCAAAUGAGAAUCCGCGAUUCAUCAUGAAGUACGACGCCAUUCUUGCCAAUCUCCACAUUGAUUUUGUUGCAAACUUUUCACCGAAAUCACGUAAAAUCACAUAAAAAAUACAACUUUUAGUUCCCGAUCCUAAUGUACUCUUGUCCAUUGAUCCACACAAAAGUUGGGAAUUUCUGAUAAUGACAUAAGAAUCACGAAUACAUAAAUCUUGAUUUGUUGUAUAAUUUUUUCCUUUUGUUGCAAGAUUUGCAUUCACUGGACAUUUGCUAUUUGGUUUCAUGAUUAAACUGAAGAUUUGCUUUCCUGUCCACAAGCGACGUGGCUUGAGAAUUGCUGGCGGUGGAAGUUCAAUGUCCAUACAUGCAUCUGGUCCUGACAACAUGCAAGUUGCCAACUGCAUUGCUUUCUCUUUCGUCAGGAAUUCAUCACGUUGUGUCAGUAAAUAACCGCCAGUAAUAAAAUCUUGCGUUGCCGCAAUGAGAAGUUCACCAUUUCUCGGUGUUACAAGAUUCGAUUGAUUCCCCAUCAAAACUAGAGCUUCAGCUCGUGCUUCUUCGGUUUGCGGUAAAUGUAAAUUCAUUUCAUCGCCAUCAAAAUCAGCAUUGUAAGGUGUGCAAACACAUUCAUUAAAUCGAAAUGUUCUUUGCGGUUGAACCUUCGCUGUGUGGCACAUAAUACUGAGUUUAUGUAAACUCGGUUGUCGAUUGAACAAAACAAUGUCGCCGUCCACCAAAUGUCGCUCAACGAUGUCGCCGAGUUUUAAAUCUUGAGCGACUUUAUCACGGUUCCCAUAAGCGAGAUAUUUCUUAAAGUUCCCACCUUUUUGCUGAACAUAAUUUGCUCCAGGAUGAACUUCAGUUCCAUUUUUUAUCAUUUGACGUAACUUUUUUAUGUUUGCUGUGUUGACACGUUCAGGAAAUGUGAGAAUUUUUGCAACACGAUCAGGAACGCCAACUUGAUGAAUCAUGAGAUUGGGAUCAGGUGAAAUGACAGUACGAGCAGAGAAAUCAACACGUUUGCCUGAUAAAUUUCC